GGGAGAGGAGGGUACUUCCUCUGUCAGCGGCAGCCAGGGAGAGCAUAGUGGCCCAGGGAGGGGCGGGGCCACGGAGUGGGACUGAACCAAUGGGAGCAGCUUGACGGGAAGCGCUGGGUCAAUGAGAGGGGAGGUCAGGAAAGGUCUGCGUCCAUACGGGGAGACGAAGAGGAGAAGGGCGGAACCGACCAAAGGGAGAGCACGGCAGGGGCGGGGUUGGCUGAGAGUGGCAGGCGGCAGAAGUCACCUGAGCGGCUCUGCCCUGCGAAGGUGCUGUGCGGUCAUGGCGACGCUGCUUGUGGUUGCUGCGCCUGAAGGAAUGGCUGGCAAGUCGGCGGCCCGGCCUCUGGCGGCGCCGCCGCCUCUGCUGCUGCUACUGGCGCUGCUGGUCACCGCCGCGCCGGCGGCUACGGAGCAGCAAGUUCCACUGGUGCUGUGGUCGAGCGCUCGUGAUUUAUGGGCUCCACCUGAAAAUGCCAACGAAGGUCACAUCACUACGGAUAUCCAACUUUCCUCCUACCUAGACCCUGCCCUGGAGAAGGGACCCCGAAACGUGUUGCUGUUCCUGCAGGAAAAACUAAGCAUCGAGGAUUUCACUGCAUAUGGUGGUGUGUUUGGCAACAAGCAAGACAGUGCUUUCUCUAACCUGGAGAGUGCUCUGGAAUUGGCUCCUUCGUCCUUGAUCCUGCCUUCAGUGGACUGGUAUGCAGCCAGUACUUUGACCUCAUACCUGAAGGAGAAGUUGGGAGCUAGUCCCCUACACGUAGACCAGGCCACCCUGAGGGAGCUGAGGCUCAACGACACCCUCCCUGCUCUACUCCUGCUGAGGUUGCCGUAUACCACCAGUUCUGGCUUGAUGGCUCCCAAAGAAGUACUCACAGGCAACGAUGAGAUUAUUGGGCAGGUGAUGAGCACACUCAAGUCAGAAGGUGUACCCUAUACAGCCAUACUGACUGCCGUUCGGCCUUCCCGGGUGGUUCGGGACUUGUCUCUGGUGUCUGGGGGUCUGGGGCGGCACCUCCUUGGUGAGGAUGAGCCUCUACCACCCUCGCUGCCUCCCCUGCCUCCAGUCAGCUACAAUGACACAGAGCCUCGCAUCCUCUUCUGGGCCCAGAACUUCACAGUGACCUAUAACAGUGAGUUGCGUGACCUGACUGCACUCACUUUUGGAACCCCAACACUCAACCUGACUGGCUCCAGCUGGAACAGCUCCUUUGCCCAGCUUGUGCUGACAUAUGAAAACCUCUUUGGCCGAUUACUGACGAUCAAGUUUAUCCUGAGCAGUCAUUUCUACCCCGUUUCAGCCCGAAGCUGGUUUACCAUGGAUCGACUAGAGAUCCACAGUAACAACUCAGUUGUUGUCUUCAAUUCCUCACAUGUCACAGCACCUAGCAUCUAUUCCUUCCACUGCCAGUAUGUUAGCACCGAACGUUCAAAGGAAGGUCUCCUAAUGUCUUCACCUGGUUCCUCUCCUUGGCAUGUAACUUUACAGAAUUUCCAGAUUCAGGCCUUUAACUUGUCCGGUGGAAACUUCUCCUAUGCCAGUGACUGUGCCAGCUUUUUCUCCCCUGGCAUCUGGAUGGGGCUGGUCUCCUCUGUCAUCAUGCUUUUCACCUUCACCUAUGGGCUGCACAUGAUCCUCAACCUCAAGACCAUGGAUCGAUUUGAUGACCACAAGGGGAGCACUCUCUCUGUGCCACUGACAGAGUGACCCCUCAGUCACAUGGGGGGGCCAGAAGGGUUGGAGGUGGAGUUGUGUGUUGACUUCGCCUCCUCCCCUUGAAAGGGCUGCCAGGCUACUACUCUUUUGUGCUUCCUCGGUAGCUAGGCCUCCCUAUACCUAUUUCCUCUUGCUCCCACC